GCAUUGGGGUGAAUCCUAUUUAUAGGAUGUUUGUCCGACCAAUCAUUUGGGGCUAUUCCAGUCAUUUGAGGAGAGAAGCAACAAGGAAUUUCUCUGUGAAGUUGAUAUCAAAAUCAGAAUCUCUCCUCAGGAACUUCCUCCAAAAUUGAAAGAAAGUUUGUUUGUGACUAACACAAAUGUUUCCUGUUUAACAAAACUUUUAAAUUUUCUAUUUAACUAAAAUAUUGGGCCCUAGGUUUUCAUACUAGAAAUACAGAAUUUAUUUUUAACAAAAAUCCGAGAACGAUGGCGCUCGAAAACGAAGAGAAAAUGGAGGGAGUUUCAACGGAAAGUAAGCAGAAAGAAGUUAACGAAAAUAAUGGAAGAUUGAGUAAACUGUUAAAAGCAUCUCUUGAUAAAACAAUUGAGAAAUAUCUUCAUUGUGCUAAGUAUAUGCUCUUCGCUGAGAAUUUUGCAGCAAUACAUAAGAAACAUAAUAAUGAUUUAGCAACUGUUCAUCAGCAAUUUAUUUCAAAACUUGAAUCAAGUAUCAGAGAAGAAAUCAAGCUUAUGUAUCAAGAAGAAACUAUUAACACUUAUUUAAAUAAAUUGGAUGAUUUGAUAAUGAAGGCUGGAUCUAAUCAAAAAUCAUGUAAAUGGAGACCAUCUGGAAACCCAGAAACAGAUUUAAUGGAUCAUUUACAUGUUGUAAAAGAAGAGCAUAAAAAAGAAUUGGAACAGAUUUUGGCAGAACAGACAGAAGAUAUUGAAAAUUUAACACAAACUGUAUAUAAAGAACGUCAGAAUUUAUUGUCAGCAAUAGAAGAUAUUAAAAAUAAAUAUGGAGACUAUAAAGAGGAAGAAACAAAAGUGAUAGUGGUGAAACAGUUCAGUGCAGAAAACAAGAGUGGAGGCAUUGGAGUAUGA